CUGGAUACCUCGGGGACCGGGGUCGGGGACGGGUCAGCCGCAGGUCCCAGGACAGCAGCAGGAGCCAGUCCUCGGCUCCGGGGCUCCGGCAGCGCGCUCUGGUGCCCCCUGAAUCUCUUCGUGGCCAUCUGCGUCCUGCUGCCGGUCUUCACGGACUCGGCACCAACCAUGCAGCAGUUCAAGGCCCACACCCCAUUUAUGAGGCUGUGCCCCCCAGGAUCCCAUGUCUCAAAUGUUGGUGGAAAUUGUACCCUGUGCCAGUCUGGAGUUGAGUACACCAAUUAUUUGAAUGCCCUGCCUUCCUGCUUACGCUGUACAGUUUGUAAACCAGAUGAAGACGAGAUGAGCCCGUGCACCAGGACUCGGGACGCACAGUGUCAAUGCAAACCUGGCACUUUCCGUGGAGAGGAUGUUCCAGAGUUCUGUCAGAAGUGCAAGACUGGGUGCCCCAAAGGGAUGGUGGAGGCACAUCCCUGUACCCCCUGGGGAGACGUUGAGUGUGUCCGCCAAGAAUCAGUUACCAAGGCCACAGGGGAAGCCACUGUUUCUGAGGAGCCGGUGGACAGUGGCCUGGGGUCUCCUGCCUCUCCCUCUCCUCCCUCAGGUGUUCUGAGCAUCGUGAUUGGGAGCGUGGUGGUCCUGGUUAUUGUGGGUGUGCGUGUGUUCAGCCUUCUGUGGAAGAGGCGCACCUGCCAAGGCUGUGGAGAGGACUCCAAGUGUAUAGUCAUGAUGAACAGUUGGCGCUUCCCACGAGGGCCUGGGGCUCAGGACAAUGCUCGGAACCAGAUGCUGAGCCCCUCGCAGACCACCUUGGACUCUGCCCAGGAAAACCAAGGCCCGGAGCAGGCAGAGCUGCUGGGAGCCACUGCCCGGAACCCUGUGGAAGCAGAGCCUCUCCUGGAGAGGGGAAUGAGCCCUGUGGCUGCAGAGCCUCUCCAGGAAAAGCUCAAGGCUCAAGAGUCUCGGAGGAAAGUGGUGCUUGUUCCAGCAAAUGGUGCAGACCCCACUGAAACUCUGAAGUCGUUCUUCAAUAUCUGUCAGGACUUCAUUCCCUUUAAUUCCUGGACACGGCUCAUACGGCUGCUGGGCCUGACUGACAAUGAGAUCGCAGUGGCCAGGGCUGAUGCAGCAAGCACUGAGGAGGGUUUCUACAACAUGCUGGACAAGUGGCUCAGCACGAAGGGGCGGGAUGCCUCAGUCAACAGCCUGCUGGAUGCCUUGGAAACACUGGGAGAAAGAAAUGCAAAGGAAAGGAUUCAGAAACACCUGGUAGACUCUGGACAGUAUAUCUCCCAGGAACACACGGCAGACACCCUGGGCUGUGUGUAUGGGAAUGGAAAGGUUGCUUCUGGAAAUCAAAACUUCAAUAGUUGACCUUUGCUGCUUGAAAGGAAACACCUUUGUAUACUGUGCUAGUUUGAAGCUAUUAUGUAUCCCACAAAAGGCCAUGUUGGUUUAAUACAUUCUUGUGGGUGCAGACCUAUUGUGGGUGGGAACUUUUGGUUACAUUGUUUCAGUUGAGAUGUGACCCAGCUCUCAUCUAGGUGGGUCUUAAUCCUCGUUCCAACCCAGCUUAGCCUUAAGACCAAACAACCCACCUGGCACUGUAAGAAAGCGUUAAGUUUAGCUUUCACAUAAAGGCAGCAUGGAAUAGGGAAAAUGGCAGCAGAAUUGGCUUAAACAGGCUCUAUGGUAAAGGAAAGGAGAGAGAAAGAGUCAUGAUGUAAGCCUAGAAUCAGCACCAGCUCCUUAUAUGGGAAAAAUAACCAGGGUUAUUGGAAUGUAAAGGGAUA